AUGAGAUCGUCAAUGUACUCGUCGCGCCCUCUCGCCUUUGGCACCACAUUCGCUACCCUUCUCUCCUCCGCCGCCGCCCGUAAUUUCUCUUCCGCCCCGUCACCGAACCUCGAUCUCUCUGGACUUGGCCGCGUCGCUCUGGCCGGCGACUUCGACUCAAUAUCUCUUUACACGUACCAAGGACAGACUCAAAAUGCAAACUUCGCCAAUGGCAGCCAAUAUCUCUUUUCACAAUAUCCCGAUGGCUCCUUCCAGAGUCUGGCUCUCGCUGAUGCCUUCAUCACUACCAUGUGUCCGUUCGUCAGCAACGGUGCCUUGCAAGGCGUCGUAGUAGGAGGCAACUUCACUAGUCUCGGCGGUGUCCCUGCACAAGGCAUUGCUCUAUGGAACCCGAACACUACCAAAAUCACCCCUCUAGAUGGACUUUCUGGUUCUGUGUCUGCCGUCUACUGUGAUGACGCAUCGUCCACCGUCUACGUUGGAGGUAGCUUUACCGGAGGCAACUCGACAAAUGCCAUCGCUUGGGCUUCUGGAUGGACAAAUCUACCCUUUGCUGGAUUCAACGGCCCCGUCACAUCUAUCGCUAAGAGCUCCAGCGGUACCAUCAUCUUUGGCGGAUCUUUCGAUGGUUUGGGCAACACAACCACUCCUACAAACAAGGAUGUCCAGGUUAUCAACCUCUCUGCUGGAAACAUCACCUCUGGCGCAUCAACUUCAACCGAUGGCUUCGGUGAUCCUCGCAACAUCAUCUGCCAGACUGGCGAGGACUCUGCUGGAAACGCCUGGCUGCUCGAGGACAAUACUCCUGGUUUCUGGCGAGGCUCGUUUGGUUUCGGCUUCAACCCCACCAAGCUGCGCCUGUACAACACCAACCAGGACGGACGUGGAACCAAGACCUGGCGCUUUACUGCCUUCCCCCUCGGUGGAAUCAUGAACUUUACCUACACGGACGAGAACGGUAGCUUUGCUUCUUGCACUGCCAACUGCCCUCUUCCGCAAGGAAACACCUCGUACCAGGACUUUCACUUUGUCAACUCUGUCGGCAUGAACGAUUUCCGCAUUGACAUCUCUGCUUGGUAUGGCGCUGGAGCUGGUUUGAGUGGCAUUGAGUUGUUCCAGGACGAUAUUUAUGCUUUUGCAAUUUCCGACUUCAAUGAGCCUCGUUGCGACAGUGUUAGUACCACUGGCGCCAACUCGACCGUCACUGGCCCCUGGAAACAGACCCCUUCUGGUCUGAGCACAUCCGAUUAUCUUACUGCCGAUCUGAAUGGUAGCGUCACCACCGAGACUGCCCAGGUCGUUUUCAAGCCCGAUAUCAAGCAGUCAGGAAACUACUCCAUCACGUUGUACACUCCCGGCUGUCUUCAGGACGGCACCUGCUCGACUCGUGGAAUUGUGAAUAUUACUGGAUCCAUGACUACUGAGAAAGGAGCGAUCACCACCACUCUUUACCAGACCAACUACUACGACAAGUACGACCAAGUCUAUUAUGGCUACGUUGAUGCCGCAUCCGACUCGUUCCGUCCUGAGGUCACCCUGACCCCGGUUGCUGGUCAGAACACUCCUUUGACUGUCGUCGCUCAACGCGUCCGUUUCGAGUUGGUCACAUCGACUGGUGGCUUGAACGGCCUCUACGAUUACGAUCCUAACGUCGCUACUGUCAACACCGAUUUUUCCGCUUCGAAGAUCGAUUCUGCCGCCAUGACUCUGGAUAUGGGAGCCAAGAUCAAUGCUCUUGCUGUCUACGAAGAUGUGACUUACGUAGCUGGCAACUUCUCCAGCGGUGAUAUCCACAACAUCUUCAGCAUCGGCAGCCAAAACGCCACCUCUCUGCCCGGAGGCGGGCUGAACUCUGAAGUGCGCACUGUGUACCAGAACGGUUCUACCAUCUACGUUGGUGGCAACUUUACCAACACGGCCACUACUCAAACCUCGGGACUGAACGGCAUCGCUGCUUACUCCAUCGAUGAUAAAUCAUGGAGAGCGCUUGGUGCAGGCGUCAAUGGCCCUGUCUGGGCUAUUGUUCCUCUGCAGCUCAACAUCUCCGGCAGUGAUCAAGAGACUGUUCUUGCCGUCAGUGGUGACUUUACUAGCGUCAACGCUGUCGGUAGCAAUGCGACUUACUCUGCCGACGGUUUCGCUGCAUGGGUGCCUUCUCGUGGCAACUGGCUUCACAAUCUCGCCAACGCAACUGUCUCUUUGAGCGGCGGUCUUUUGGCUCAGACUAUGGUGGCUGACUACGGCCAACUUCUGGCCGGAUCCCUUGUCGCCUCGCAGAUCGGCAUGAGUGAUGCCGUAGCUCUCAGCGGCUCUGGCCGACCUUCGAUCUCGCCACUUGGUAUCUCCAUCUCCGCCACUCGCGAGUCGUCAAGCAUGCGUAAGAGAGCCACAACUAGCCAGAAUGUUACCGGUGUAGCUACCGGCUACUUUUACCUGGACAAUGGCAAGAACAUGACCAUCCUCGGCGGCCACUUCACAGCCAACUCUUCUGCCGAGUCCACCAUCAACAAUCUCCUGAUUAUCGACAACACGAACGGUCAGAGUGUCAUUGGUCUUCCCAGCACCAUCGAUGCAGACUCAACUGUCCUUGCCCUCGACGUCCGUGAUACCAGCCUCUUCGUUGGUGGCUCAAUCACUGGCACAGCCAACGACAACGAUAUCGAAGGCCUGCUGGUGUGGGACCUGUCUACAAACGCGCUCGCUACCGGCCAACCUGCAGCACUCGCCGGCGACUCUGUCUCUGUCAACGCUGUUGCAGCCCAACCUGGUUCUUCCAAUGUCUACGUUGGAGGCAACUUUGAGAAUGCAGGAUCGAUGUCAUGCCCAUCGUUCUGCAUGUACGACACGUCGAGUGGCCAGUGGAUGCCUCCCGCAUCUGGACUUAGCGGCACAAUCAAUACCAUGGUCUGGAGAUCUAACAGCCAAUUGAUUGUGGGUGGAGAUUUCUCCACUAGCGGCAACAGCACCAGACUGGCUCUGUACGACUCGAAGAAGCAGACUUUCACCGACCUUGGUGCUUCAGCUAACUUGCCCGGCCCAGUCACCGCCAUGACUCCGGCUAACCCCAACUACGAUGCGUGGUGGGUCGCAGGUACCGCAGCCAAUGGCUCAUCGUUCCUGCAGAAGUUUGAUGGCACCACUUGGCACCCUGUCACUGGCUUCGGAUCUGCAUCUUCCAUCAGAGGACUUCAGAUCAUGUCUCUUACCGAGAAGCACCAGCUUAGCAGCCUAGUCCCUUCCGACGAAGUCUUGCUGAUUACUGGUUCAAUCGAGCUUCCCGACAAUGGCAAUGCCAGCGCUGUGCUGUAUAACGGAACCAGUUUCCAGCCUUUCAUCCUUACGACUACCGCCAACGGUGGACAAGGUACCUUGAGUGGGAUGUUUGUCCAAAACCCCAGCAACUUCUUGAGCUCCAAAUCCCAUCACCUUGCUCUUGGCCUUGUCGUUCUGAUUGGACUGGCCAUUGCUUGCGCUUUGACCUUCUUGCUGGUGGUCAUCGGCAUAAUGGUCGAGCGAUACCGUCGCCGCAGAGAGGGCUAUGUGCCCAUGCCUCAGUUGAGAGCCGACCAACAGGCCAAUCUGAACAGAAUUCCUCCGGAGAGUCUGUUUGGCACGUUAGAAAAGCGCGACACCGCACCUCGGGUGUAA